UAUAUGUAUCACUCGGAAGGCUCCGGCAUUCCUUCACCGGAGGUGAGGUGCUAUUUCCUUCUUUGCUCGUUUCUUUCUCUCUAUCUUCUCAUCACACCUAAAUUAGGAUGCUAUCCCGUUGCUCAGAACUCUCCGACGACGACCUCCUUUUCAAGCAGGAUGAUAAGUUCCACUCGAGGCUGCUCUCCAGAGAAAACUCUUCGGCCAAUCCUUCCCUUAGAGUCUACUAUGGAGUGGCCGCUGGAGCUGUGCCUUUCCUGUGGGAGUCUGAGCCUGGAACACCCAAGAACAUCAUCUCCGACGGCACCCUCCCUCCCCUCAGCCCACCACCCUCUUUUUUCUCCAGCCCCAGGAACAGAGAACCCAAGAAGUCCACCAAGCCCACUCUCAUCCGUGCCGUACUGCCUAAGCUCAUACUGAGGAAGUUACAGAGGCCAUCUUCGUCUUCCAUGACGUUGAUAUCGCCAUCGGAGUCGUCUAUCUCCACCUCCUCCCCAAAGGCUUCGAUCGCCGGUGAUGCUUCUCCGACAUCGUUCUUCUGCUUCAUGGCGCGACAGGGAGCCACGUGUGGGCUCAAGGAUGCUACUCGGUAGCGCUCAUAGGGAGCCCACGGUUGGUAUGGGUCGUCAGGUGGUCGGCAAAGUUACUGCUGUCCAAAUUGUAACUUCGUGGGACAAACUCUCCGGUUGUAAUUCUCAAACGUACGCAUAAAAGAAAAGACGUAUACGGUAACAGUU